AUGUUCGCCUUCGUGUUCCGCCGCCUCUCGGCCUUUGUGGCGUUCUAUCUCACAAUCCAGCUCAGCGCUGUCAUUGCAGCGCCACUCGAGCAGCGUGACCUCGAGGCUCGUGCCACUCCCGCGGCGCCUCACUUUGUGGUCUACGCAGACCAAAGCCAGUCAGGCGUCACCGGUCCCCCAGCGGUCUCCAAUGUGAAUGGCUGGAACGUUUUUAUACUGUCAUUCUGGUUGUUAGAAGGCGCGUGGGACAAGGCGGAGGAGUGGACUCAACUGUCCGCUAGCGACCGAGCUACGAUAAAGUCGCAGUACAAUGCAGCCGGUAUCAAGCUCUUGGUCGCCGCCUUUGGGUCGACCGAUGUUCCGACAUCAACCGGAGCAGAUCCGGUCACAACUGCGAAUAACCUCGCGAGCUGGGUCAAGACGUAUGGUUUGGACGGCGUGGAUGUUGACUAUGAGGACUUUAACGCUAUGGACGGUGGCACCGCCGAGGCUUGGCUAAUCUCUUUCACCACGCAACUUCGUUCUCAGCUGCCUGCCGGCCAGUACAUCAUCACGCAUGCUCCCGUUGCUCCUUGGUUCACGCCCUCCCACUACCCCGGCGGAGGGUACCUCAAAGUGAACUCGCAGGUCGGAAGCUUGAUCGACUGGUACAAUGUGCAAUUCUACAACCAGGGCGCUACGGAGUACACAACUUGCGCGGGCUUGCUGACCGCCUCGUCCUCGACAUGGCCGCAAACCGCCCUAUUCCAGAUCAUCGCAUCCGGUGUCUCUGCUAGCAAGCUUGUCGUUGGCAAGCCUGCGACGACUGGGGAUGCGAACAAUGGCUAUAUUGACCCGUCGACGCUUGCGGGGUGUAUCUCCCAGGCGAAGAACCAGGGGUGGAACGGCGGCGUUAUGAGUUGGCAGUACCCACAUGCCAGCUCGUCGUGGAUCACGACUACAUGA